AGAUAUAUAAAAGCUCAGUGAAAGGGGCUCCAAUUAUCAUUUUCUCCUCUGGUAUUCCAAGGAAGCCAUCAACAAUGAAACUCCACGCAACAGACAUCCUGGUCAUUUUCUGGCUCGGCCUCUUUGCUGUGAGCACCGUGAGAGGAAGUGUUGCAAGUCAAAUCGCGCCCAAAAGCGCCUGUGUAGACCUGUCCACGCAGGAGCUGGACAUCAGACGACUUGUUAAAUAUGAGACACAGCACAUACCAGUAAAAGCUGUGAUGUUCAUCACCAAACGAGGCAUCAAGAUCUGCGUGCAGCCUGAUCUCAAAUGGGUGCAGGAUGCCAUAAAAUUCCUGGAUAAAGGACCUGUCCGCAGAAGACCCAACAACAAGCCCGUGUCCAAACCCAAGCCCAAGCCCAAGCCCAAGCCCAAAGGCAAUUAACUAAAUGGAUGCACCAGCCCAAUCCUCAGCAACUGCUUGUACUUCUUCUAGUUGUUAAUUGGAAAUAAAAUCUCUGAACUAACAUGGGCACAUCAGAAUCCAUUCAUCAUUAGGGCAGAGCUGACUGAGAAUCAUUCCAUUUAUAGCUGGACUUUUCCGCACUGUUUUCAGGUUUAUUUUCUGAAAUGUUCAUUAAUAAUUAUUUAUUACCGUGUGUAGGCACCCCCCCUUCCCCCCUCCACCUGGAUGAACUUUUAUAGUUACAAAGGACAAGGAUGUGGGUGAAACUACUUCAUAGAGGGUUUGAUACAGGUGAAGGAGGUUGGUGUCAGACACUGGGGCUGGACUUUAAAAAGAGUCUGGAUAAUUUUAUGGUAAUUAAUAACUAUAUAAGCUAUAAGUAAACAACCUGUAUGCUCCAGGGCAUCAUCUGAUAACUGCAAGAUUCAGGAGGGAAUUAGCUAGAUGUAUUGGGUCUAAUUCUCCUCCCACUUUGCAACAAUGCAAAUUCAUUGGGACAGGUCCUCUCCCAGUAUAAGUGAUGAUCAGUCUAGAGUGUAACUUGAUGCAGAUUUACACCCGUGGAGGAUCUAGCUCACUGACUUCUGUGAAGUUACUCCUUAUUUACACUGGUAUGAGAUGGAUCUGAAUCAGUUGCUUUAUUUUUUCCUUUGCAUUCCUCUGAAGCAUCAUGUGUAAGCCAUGGCUGGAGGUAGGAGACCGCGCUUGAUGCCAAUCCUAUGUACCAAUCUCUUAUUCUCCAGGUAGUGGAGAGCCAUGUCCAAGGGGCUUUACAUUUUAGAAAUGAAUGGAUUCUAAUAACUGUGGUGUCUCUGUUUUUCUGUAAAUUAAUAAAAUUCUUGCAAAUCUAUGGUCAAAUGGUAUGUGUGUCUGCUUGUAUGUGACCCGCAUGAAGAUCACACAGUGGGGGUAUGGAGGUUAUAGCACAAAUCCAUGAUUUUAUUGUCAGCCUAGGAGAAAUAACUUUUCCAGAAACAUCUGCUGCCACCUUCAAUAGCUAACAGUAGAUAGAUGGAAUUUGCAUCCAAGCUUUCAUUUACUGUGUAUCCCUAUAUUGUAUAGAUGAGUUCACAUCACUCCAGCUCUUCAAUUCGCUCUUCUAGUUAACACUGCAGGAAGUAUUCCUCCCCAGCCUCUCAUUCUGUGUCACUGUUCUCAAACUCGGGGAAGGAAUGUGUUCAGGGAGGUGGGGA